AUGCUAUCUGCAGGGCAAAUAAACAGCGUCGGGGCACAAGAGAUACGACUCCCAAAAGCUGGCAAUUUGAAGGCAGUAGAAAAUUGGAUACUGUAUAUAAAACUCGGCAAUGACGAGGUAUGCGCAGGUGUACAACUCUCCGACAAUUGGGUUCUUACCCUUGCUGACUGCAUUGAUGAGAAAUUCAAGCUUACAAAAUACAGCAUUGUUUACAAAGAUGGUUCAAGGAAGGUUAUUGCCGAGGACCGGGACUCCGUUGGAAAGUUAUUUAUACUUCUUAAGAUGAAAAAGGAAAAAGAACCAAGAAAAACAAAGUUCACACAACUUGCUGACUCUAAGUUACCCUCUUCAGAGUACAAGUUUCAUCUGUACAAUCGAGACGAUUCUGAUAAAAUUAUUGCAAAUGAAGUCGAUUUUGUCAGAGGCGCUCAAUGUGAGAAGGAAGAAAUUGAUGGUAAUUUUCGCGAGACACAUAAAUGUGUUCAAGGCAACAUGAAUGAAAAGGCUAGAUGUCUACCAGGAAGUCCAGUGUUUGGAUCCAAGAAAAAAGAAAUAAUUCUGCAAGGACUUGCAGUCACAUCAUCUGCUUCAUCUGAUCCUUGCUUAUCACAGCUUCAAUCUAUUGCAGUCACAAAACCGCAAGUUAACUGGAUCAACUCGGUCAUUAUUGAUUGCGGUCCAAUUAAAACGUUUCGGAAUGGCAAGGUGAAGCUGAACAAAAAAUCUUCGACAACAAUAGGAUCCACAGCGACUAUAAGAUGUAAUCCCGGGUAUGAGGCAAAUCAAAAGAAAAUCGUUUGCCUUGAAAACGGGAAAUGGGAAAAACCCAGUUGCGAAUUAAAAGAUUGCGGAGUCGUUAAAAAUAUCCAAAAUGGGAAAAUAACCUUAGACGAUGCAUCAUCAUCGACAAUGGGGGCAACAGCGACAGUUGAAUGUGAUCCGGGCUAUAAGGCAAGUCGCGAAAUAAUAAAGUGCUUAAAAACUGGGAAAUGGAGAAAAUCAAGUUGCAAAAUAAAAGACUGUGGAUCUCAAUUAAAUGUGACCAAUGGUAAUUUGCACUUUAACACAACAACGUUUGGAUCAAUCGCUUCUCUGGUCUGUGAUAGAGGAUACGAUGGAAACGGGACAAUACGUUGCCUUGACAAUGGAAGUUGGGCAACACCACCAAUAUGUUCUCUUAAAGACUGUGGGUCUCCAUUAAAUGUGACUAAUGGUAAGCUGCACUUUAACACAACAAGGUUUGGAUCAAUCGCUUCUCUGGUUUGUGAUAGAGGAUAUGAUGGAAACGGGACAAUAAGAUGCCUUGACACUGGCAGUUGGGAAACACCACCGAUAUGUUCUAUAAAAGACUGUGGGUCUCCAUUAAAUGUGACUAAUGGCAAAGUGCACUAUAGCGCAACAACGUUUGGAUCAACCGUUUCUCUUGUUUGUGAUAGUGGUUAUGAUGGAAACGGGACAAUAAGCUGCCUUGACACUGGCAGUUGGGAAACACCACCGAUAUGUUCUAUUAAAGACUGUGGGUCUCCAUUUAAUGUGACUAAUGGUAAGCUGCACUAUAACGCAACAACGUUUGGAUCAACCGCUUCUCUUGUUUGUGAUAGUGGAUAUGAUGGAAACGGGACAAUAAGCUGCCUUGACACUGGAAGUUGGGAAACACCACCGAUAUGUUCUAUUAAAGUUCUUGAUUGUCCUGGAGGAUGGAGCAGAUUUGAAAAUAGUUGUUAUCUGCGUGUAGAAAGUAGGUCUACAUGGGAAACUGCCAAAACUGAUUGCGAGUCAAAAAAAGGAUACCUUGUUGAAAUCACCUCUCGCUCUGAAUACAAUUUUCUUUUAGCGGAUCUCAUUGUUGAAGGUAUUUGGCUAGGAGUAAAUGAUAUAAAAUCAGAAGGUACAUUUUUGUGGGAAUAUUCAGGAGCAUCAUUUGACAAAUCCAUAUUAGCCAAUAACAUUUUUCGAAAUUCUCCUGAACGAGAUUGUGUCAUCUAUUAUUACCAGUCAGUUUGGAUGCUAGGAAAUUGUGAAUUGGAAAACGAGUAUUUGUGCGAAAUGUCCCUCCACUGUGGUUCUCCAUUAAAUGUGACUAAUGGUAAGCUGUACUAUAACACAACAACGUUUGGAUCAACCGCUUCUCUUGUUUGUGAUAGUGGAUAUGAUGGAAACGGGACAAUAAGCUGCCUUGACACUGGAAGUUGGGAAACGCCACCAAGAUGUUCUAUUAAAGACUGUGGGUCUCCAUUUAAUGUGACUAAUGGUAAGCUGCACUAUAACUCAACAACGUUUGGAUCAACCGUUUCUCUUGUUUGUGAUAGUGGAUAUGAUGGAAACGGGACAAUAAGCUGCCUUGACACUGGAAGUUGGGAAACACCACCGAUAUGUUCUUUUAAAGUUCCUGAAUGCCCUGGAGGAUGGAGCAGAUUUGAAAAUAGUUGUUAUCUGCAUGUAGAAAGUAUGGCGACAUGGGAAACUGCCAAAAAUGAUUGUGAAUCAAAAAAAGGAUACCUUGUUGAAAUCACCUCUAGCUCUGAAUACAGUUUUCUUUUAGCGGAUCUCAUGGUUGAAGGUAUUUGGCUAGGAGUAAGCGAUAUAAAAUCAGAAGGUACAUUUUUGUGGGAAUAUUCAGGAGCAUCAUUUGACAAAUCCAUAUUAGCCAAUAACAUUUAUCUAAAUUCUCCUGAACGAGAUUGUGGCAUCUAUUAUUACCUUGAAGUUUGGGUGCUAGGAAAUUGUGAAUUAAAAUACGAGUAUUUGUGCGAAAUGUCACUCUAGAUACAAAGGACUUUACCAGGAAAAGGAAUUUAAAAAGAUGUAUUUGAUACAAUCAUUUAGUUGUUGUUUUAUUCUUUUUAAAGUUGAAAUGAUUCAAACCAAGCAAAUUCAUCAAAUAUUGAAAGUAUAUCGAUAAUAAAGUACGUUCUGAUAGACUGGGUGUUGUUUAUUUACAUAAGACGGCAUUUGAACUUAGGUACUAUGUAAUAAUCCAAAAGAUCUAUAUAUAUGAUUAAAAGUAUUAUUUUUCUGAAAGGUCAUGGUGAUAUUAUUUAGUCAGUGUCCUUGUUGAUGAUACAAAGUAAAAUGCACAACUUAUCUGACAUUGUUUGUAUUUAUAAAUCUAUAACAGUUUAUGCUGUCGAAAUAUAAUAUAAUGUAUAUACAUUUGUUAAUGUUCUUACUUGAACACAAGGUAAAGGUAAUGAUAAAAUCUUAUGAGCUGUAGAUAAUGCUACAAGUAGCCAUAAAUACACCAAUUAGGCAUCCUAAAGGUAACACGAAUCAUGCAUUGUUCUUACAUAAGGCCUUUCUGAAAAAUAAUUUGAGCUAAUGAUAGCGCUAAUGUUAAUCCACGAUAAUACAACAUCAGUAUUAGAAUAGAAAACUAAACACACACGAAUCCUUCACAUGAGCCACAAAUAAAGCUAACAUAAACUAUAAGAAUAAGUUGUAUUUAAAAAAAUGCAAUGCUAGUAGAAGGUCUAUAUAUAGCUCUCAUAAUCAUUGAAUAAACAUUUGAAUAACUUACAUAGACCCUUGAAACAGCUUUAUUGACCAAAUUUAAAGACAAUAUUAGCGCUAAAAAAACUUAAAAUUGGCUCAUAAUGUAUCAAAAAGUACUCUUGUAAAAGGAACCGGGAGCGCUAGUUCUUGCUUAUAUUUUUUUUAUAUUUAAUCCUGGCGUAAGUAUAGAGAAGGCAAUCUUAGUCAUCGAAAAAAAGGUUUAUAUAAGUAAUUUUUUCGAUGAUGAAAUGGUAAAAGAAACGCUGGAAAGUAUGUUAAUUAAAGAAAAGAUCACUGUUGUUAACGAUAAACUUUUUUAUGAAAAUAAAUAAAAAAUAAAUUUCUAAAUUCAUCUUUAGUCUCUUGAUGCAUGAUUACGAUCAACCUUGUAUCC